AUGGUUUCUCAGCCUCUGGUGGACUGGGACUCUGGUCUCUGCGAUUGUUUUGAGGAAGCCAGUACCUGUAAGAACCGAGUCCACAACUUUCACACGUUUUUAGUUUUUUUGUUUUCUGACAUUCAAGAGUAAAAGUGAAGUAACCUGAAGAUUCUUUUUUAUGCUUCUGUUGCAGGUUGCUAUGGUUUCUGGUGCUGUCCUUGCCUCGCCUGCACAGUGUCAGGGAGACUUGGAGAGAAUCGAUGUCUCCCAUUGUGUGACAUCUGCAGCCCUGCAAUCCUCGCAGUCUGUGGGCAUCCUCUAUUUAUUCCUCCUGCAGGCCUGUCAGUGAGGGCUGCUUUGAGAAACAGAUAUGGAAUCAAGGUAUGAUGUUUGUUUAUCAUCAGAUCAUGGAGCAUGUCUCUAAAUGAACAUAAUGAUGAAUUUAUAUUUGUUAAUAUUUGUGACGUUGUUCUCCUGCAGGGCUCUCUCUGCAGGGACAUCGCAGUGGCGUGUUUCUGCGGGUGGUGUAACUGGUGCCAGAUGCACCGGGAGUUAAAACAUCGUAAGAAAACUCCCACUGUCAUCAACAUGCAGAAUCAAACCAUUUUUACCACACAGCCUCCCCCGGUGAUGAUGAUGCCCCAAGGUAUGAUGGGCCAACCAGGGGGCUUCGUGACUCCACAAUACUGA